AUGUUCAGAGCUUUAAAUCGUUUUGCUAUCGAAAGACCUGUUAUCUUUUGGUCCUUUGUUCUUGGAACAACCGGUCCUGUCAUGGUUCUCACAGUUCCCAAGUUCAGACGUGAAUAUCUCGGCUUCAAGGGUAAUGAACCUCUUCCCAUUUCAUAUCCUCUUCCCAACCGUGCUCGCACUCCCGUCAGUGGUUACGAAGAUAGCGCCUAA